CAAUCUAUCACGCAUAUUUUACAUGAUCUGUAAUGGCGGAUGGUCUGUUGUUGACAAACGCAAAAUAACUGGAAUAUUUUUCUCCAUGAAAACAGACACAGGAGCGCUGUCAUAUGAUGGCAAUAGAGAAAACCUCGACUUCUUCUUCUCAGGCGACAACACUUAAAAAUUGCAAAAUGGAAGAGAGUGCACAACACGAGCAACCCAUUCACAGUGGGCAUUUUAUGAUAACAAACGUGCAUGGCAAAUACCAAGACGACGAAGAAGAUGACGAUGAAGAUGUCAAGCCACAAUUGGAAGAGACUGGUUAUGAUUUUAAUACUGCCAACAAAACACCGUCGAAUUCUUAUCCAUUUGGGCCCAAUGCAACACUGUCGAUUGACGACUCUCUCACCAAACUUUUUGACUGCAUGUCCCUGGCGUACAGUGGAAAGUUGACCUCACCUAAAUGGAAGGCGUUCAGGGGGCUGCAUCUAACUGUGAAGGACAAAGUCAGGCUAAACAACAUCAUCUGGAGGGAAUGGUGCAUGCAAUAUAUUUAUGGGAAAAAGCCAACAGUUUGCCAGUUUGCUUCUCCAUUAUCAGAUGACAUACAUACCAAGCCAGAGGCAAUUGUGCUGGAAGGGAAGUACUGGAAAAGAAGACUGGAUACUGUUACCAAGGAAUACAAAAGCUGGAGGAAAUUCUCUAAGAGUCAGCUUGCCAAGAACUUCAGCAGUGAUAUGAAAGCCUCUAACACUGAGUUACUGUCCCGAGUGGGAGAGGUAUUGACCAUCCCCAAUAAUCAGCAGAUGUCAGCCACCGAUCUGCUGCUCAACUCGACAGACUUCAUGGACAUUGACUUCAGCAGCGAUUCUCUAUUCAACAAUCUGAAUCAUCCUUUUGCAUUUCCCAACCCAAAAGAAUUUUAUGGAAUGUCAACUGCUGACCUGAUGCAGCCAGGGUUGGUUCCUCUGCAACCAAAUCUUGAUGAUUUGAUGGACUAUGAUCCAAUUCAAGAUAUUGUGACCACUCGCUCACAGGGUAAUAAUGUGAUGUACUUCACAGGAAAUCAGAACAUGGACACCACCACUUCAAACUCGAAUACCAUAGACACGAGACAAGUUCAGACUCAGUCUCCAGGAAUUGAACUACAGCCUCAGUCCCCAGGAAACAAGACUUUAGGAGACCUCCUAAGUGGCCUUCUGGGAAGUAUUAAUAGUGCAUCCUUUACUGAUGUAAACAGUCCUGAAAGUCAACUCUUAAUAAAACUGCAACAGCAGCAGCAGCAACAGUCCGGUGCUCAAACGCAACAAAACACAUCAAACACUCUCUUUUUCUUGCCCCAAAAUAAUGAGGAGACUUCAAUAAACAGUGUGCCUUCUGUGCCUACAGUGUCACAUUCACCUUCAGAGCCUGCAAUCCCCAAAAUUUCGUCAUUGGAGGAGGCUUUACUUAGCAAAAAUCCAGUCUUGAGAAAUCAGAAUACAAAAAGUCCUGCAACACCACCAUCUAGACCCCCCACCAAGAGUAAAAGUGCACCGCAGGUGUCCAAAAAAUCAACACAGAAAAAGGAAGGCAAUUUUGUAAAGCCAAACAAACCUGCAACUCGACCAAAGCAAAGAAUGAUUGCUCCAACUCCAGCCCCUUCUGCAAACAACACAUACUUAGCCCAGCUUCUUACAACAGACAUGAUCCUCAAAGGAAUGCAAUUAUCCCAAGUUCAGCAAAUUGGGACAUAUCCAGGGGCUAUAAUCAAUGUGAAGAAAGAGGCGGGAGGGGUGGCAACUCCUAGUCUGGUGACAAUCCAAGGGCAACAACCCACUCCCACACCCCUUGUUGUCUCCUCUAUUCCAUAUAAGCUAACAGAUGCAAGCAUACUUUUACAAACACAGAGUCCCGGUGUUGAAGCUACCAAAGAUACAUUGAUCAACUUUGUUUCGAAUCCAGUAAAAUUAUCUACGAAUACAUCAACAACAGUUUCUAAAAUUAGCAGUGUACCAACGUUGACUCCUACCAAAACAGCCCUGCCCUCCCUUUCUUCACACCUGUCUGAGACUCUUUCUCCUCGGCGGGCCAGCUAUCCUCCUUCUAGUACAACCACUGUGUUGUCGAAUCCUACCAGUCCAUCUGAAAGUCUGUCAGUUACUAGUCCCUCUGGCAACUAUUCAGGGGACUCUGAUGCAGAAUUUAGAGGUGGAGAACACAGGCGACUAAAUCAUACAUCAGCUGAACAGAAGAGGAGGUGUAAUAUCAAGAGUGGCUUUGACCUACUUCACACACUGAUCCCAACCCUUAGUCAGAAUCCCAAUGCCAAAGUAAGCAAGGCAGCAAUGCUUCAAAAAACUGCUGAAUAUUGUAAGAAAUUGAAAGCAGAGCGAGCACAGAUGCAAAAUGAAGCAGAGAUCCUUCGACAAGAAAUAGAAUCUCUCAAUGUUCAAAUAAGUCAGUGCCAGGCACAACUCCCAGCCACGGGGGUACCAGUCACGAGACAGAGGGUGGACCAAAUGAAAGAGAUGUUCCAGGAAUAUGUCAAAAACAGAACUCUCACAAACUGGAAGUUUUGGAUUUUUUCCACCAUCAUCCAGGGUCUGUUUGAUACUUACAAUAACAUGGUGUCUACAGCCAGUGUGGAUGAACUCUGUAGGACCACCUUAGCUUGGCUGGAUCAGCAUUGCUCACUAGUGGUUCUUAGGCCUGCUGUGUUGAAUGCAUUACGCCAACUGAGCACAACAACGUGUAUUCUGUCUGACCCGUCACGCAUGCCUGAACAUGCCACAGAGGCAGUCCUCAAAACAGACAAGUCAACAGACACCUGAUUGUUCAUACAGAGGCCAGCUGUGCUCAUAGACAUAGUUUGAUAAAUGUUCAGCACACACUGAACAACCUCGGAUGUUUGCCGUUGUGUACAGUUAAGGACUGUAAUCUGAGGUAGAUUUUCUGUGGAGACGAGAUCAGUCUAGAAAUCCACGAACAUUGGACAAAACAUAGGGCAGCUUUAAUUCAAAGUUUGUUGCUGGCAAAAGCAAUAUGUGUGUUGUUUGAUGAAUUUUUAUGUCCAACUUUUUGUUCAGGUGAUUUUGAGUUCCUGACAUAAAGUGGCAUUUGUUGAGUUUGUACAUGAAGAAAUAUCAAGUAACUUAUAAACUUAUUUCAAGUUGAUUUUGAGCCUAAGCAAGAUUAAAGGGCUUAAAGUUGUUGGUUACUUAUGGAAUUACAUUUGAGUGGCAUCGAACUCAGAGAGAAAAUGUUGUUUCCAAAAUGAAAAGAUUAAAGCAACUUGGUAAAUGUGAAAUCCCUGAUGCAUUUAUUAAAAGUGCAUAUAUUCCAAGGACAACUGCUCAAUAAUGAAGAAACAAAGCAAUAUCAAUAGGGAAUUAAGAAUAUGGAAGUGAUAUGGUUUUGUAAAUUUGCAAAUUUUUGACAAUGUAACAUACAUGUAAGUUGAAAUGACUUUAUUGAGAAAUUCUCAUUCAUGCUGAAUAUUAUCGAUAUAUAUCAUUUUUAAAAGAGCAUGUUGAAAAAUAAUAAUAUCAUGAAUUUAUUAUCAACAGACAUUUUUCUGACUGUUUUGAUAGUUGAAACUUGCUAGAUGACUAUGCAGGAACAUGUUUUCUGUACUACAUUUUUAUUAUUGAAAUAGAUGCAAAAGUAUGAACCAUUUAAUUUUCAGAUGUUUGUCAUUAAUUCUUUUCUGUAAACAAUACUGUCAGUAAGUUAU